AUGAGACCAGUGACAAGUAAAUUGAUCCCGUACGUUGAGAAUGUUGUAGGAAAUGCAUCAGCGAUGACUAUAUUAGCUAUAAGUAUAGAGAGAUACAGAUUAGCUCACAAUACUAACCAACACAAUAUCGUGUUUAUCACCAGUGUCUUCUUCUUUCUGCCCUUGAUUGCCAUCAUAAUUCUGUACGCAAGAGUUUGUCGUAAACUGGUCAUACUUUAUGAGAAGGAACGGGUAAAAUUCGAAACCUCCCCGAUAGAAAUUAUCAAGCUGAAACGACAGAUGAUUCAAAUCAUUGUAACGGUUGUGCUUGUCUUCUUUGUCUGUCACACACCAUACAGAGCCAUUGUCUUAUGGGCGCUAUUCGAAAAGAAGGAAAAUUUGCGAAAUUUCGGGUUUGAGGCUUAUCUGACAGUCUUGUACCUAACUCGAAUAUUACUCUAUGCAAAUCACGCCAUUAAUCCUUUUGUUAAUAAUGAUUAA